AUGGUUGCUCCAUCUGGAAGUUUUGCUGGCAGUAAACUGAAUGAAGUUUUAGCGAAGGAUAUUGAAGUAAAACAACUAUUACACAAUGAAGUUAAUGAACUUAAAUCCAAAUCCCAUCUACUUCAAAAGAAUCUUGACCUUAAAACAUCACAUUUUGAAAAGCUGAAACGUGACUUCAUUUUUAACUUUCGAUUGAUCAAGGAGCGAGAUUUGGCGAUUAACAAACUGAGUGAACGUGUCUUAUCUCUGACUAAUAAUAUUCACUCAAGAGAUAUUCUAAUUAGCGAAAUCAAAGUUUCUUUAGAUCGUACACAAUCAGAGCUUGCUCAAGUCAAAUCAUCAGAGGCAAAAUUAAGAGAGGAUAUUGAAGAAUCUCUCCGUGAAACUGUCAAACGAGAACAAAAGCUACUUGAAAAACACAAUGCAAUAAUUGAGGUAUUGAGAAAAACUGAAACUGAAGAACGCAUCAAAUUGCAAAAUAAUAUUAAUCGUCUUCAGUCAGAACUUGAGAAGGAAAGACUUCAUGCUGCUGUCGAACUACAAACUGCAAUCGAUGACGCAGUGAAAGAGAAAGAAAGUCUCAGAGCUGAUAGUGCACAAAAAAUCUUUGACCUAGAAUUACGUAUCCAUCUUGCAAAUGAGUCUGUUGAACUAGCUAAUAAAACUAAACAUGAUUAUAUGCAAGAAUUAUCAUGUAAAGAGGAAGAAAUAAGCAAUUUAAACUGUAAACUAAACGAAUUAAACAAAAUAGUUGAAUCACAAAGGCUUGAAAUUCGAGAUUUGCACACACGGUUAAUUGAAUCUAAACUGAAACAAGAUUUACUUGAAUCAACUAAAGUUCAAAACGAAGAACUAGCAACAUCACAAAAAGCUGAGCUUACUGAAGAAAUUGAUAAAUUGAAAUUAAAAUUACAACAAUAUAAAGAAGAACUCAUGUCUAUGAAUAUGAGACAUAAGAAACAAGUUAAUUCUCUCCAAAUUCAAAAUAAAAAAUUAACAGAAUCAUUAAAUGAAGAAAAACAAAAAACUAAACAUACUACUUAUUUAUUAAAAGAAGAAAAACUAAAAUAUCAUAAUAUUCAAUCUAUUUAUCAUAUAUCACAAAAUCAUAUAAAACAACUUAAUGAAGAUUUAAAACAUGCUUUAAUUAAACCUAAUAUACAUUUAAAUGAUAUACAAUUUAAUCAUAAUCAUAAUGAUCAAUUAAAUGAUUUAAUUAAUAAUUAUAAACAAUUAAAUAAUGAAAAUAUUAAAUUAAAACAAAUUAUUAAAAUUAUGUCAAAACAAGCUAAACAAUUUAUUCAAUUAUCAUCAAUCAAUAAUAAUAAUGAUAAUCAUAAUCAAUUUAAUAAAAUCAAUAAUGAUAAUCCAUUCGAUAAAAUCAAUAAUGGUAUUGAUAAUCCAUUCAAUAAAAUCAAUAAUGAUAAUUCAUUCAAUAAAAUCAAUAAUGGUAAUGAUAAUCCAUUCAAUAGAAUCAAUAAUGAUAAUUCAUUCGAUAAAAUCAAUAAUGAUAAUCCAUUCAAUAAAAUCAAUAAUGAUAAUUCAUUCGAUAAAAUCAAUAAUGAUAAUUCAUUCAAUAAAAUCAAUAAUGAUAAUGAUAAUCCAUUCAAUAGAAUCAAUAAUGAUAAUUCAUUCAAUAAAAUCAAUAAUGAUAAUCCAUUCGAUAAAAUCAAUGAUGAUAAUCCAUUCAAUAAAAUCAAUAAUGGUAUUGAUAAUCCAUUCGAUAAAAUCAAUAAUGGUAAUGAUAAUCCAUUCAAUAAAAUCAAUAAUGGUAAUGAUAAUCCAUUCAAUAGAAUCAAUAAUGAUAAUUCAUUCGAUAAAAUCAAUAAUGAUAAUCCAUUCAAUAAAAUCAAUAAUGAUAAUUCAUUCGAUAAAAUCAAUAAUGAUAAUUCAUUCAAUAAAAUCAAUAAUGAUAAUCCAUUCAAUAAAAUCAAUAAUGGUAAUGAUAAUCCAUUCAAUAGAAUCACUAAUGAUAAUUCAUUCGAUAAAAUCAAUAAUGAUAAUCCAUUCAAUAGAAUCAAUAAUGAUAAUUCAUUCAAUAAAAUCAAUAAUGAUAAUUCAUUCAAUAAAAUCAAUAAUGAUAAUAAUCAAUUAAUUAAAGCAAUUAAACAAAUUUAUCAAUUAACAAUAGAUAAACAAUUGUUAAUUGAAUUAAGUAAUAGACUACAAUUUAAAUUAGAUCAAUUAAUUAAAAAUCAAUAUAAUAAUAAUCAUAAUUUAAUAAUGAAAGAAUCUUUAAAUAAUAGUAUUGAAUCUAAUAAUAAGAUAAAUAAUGAUGUAAAUAAAACUUAUUUGGAUAAUAAUCAUAAUAAUGAUCAUGAUCCAGAUCAUCAUUAUCAUCAUCAACAUCAUUAUAAUAUUACUGAUAAAGAUGAUAUUGAUUCUAUUAUAACAGGAAAAGGAUCUAUUUCUAAUGUAUUUAAACUAUUAGAUGAAGUUGCAUCAUUAGGUAGUGAAAAUGAUAUUGAAAUUUUACAUGGUAAUAGAUUAACUAUUCAAGGAAAACAUAUCAGUAAUUCUAAAUUAAAAAUGAUUAAAUAAAAG